GCAAUGGCUAUUCUUCACAUCUCUCGUCUCCAUUACCAAACCCCAAUAAUCAUUCUCCAAAACAAUGGCUCCACUUCCCCUUUCUCUUCACUCUCUCCCACUCUGCUCUCCCCUCCACACCAAACCCUCAUCUUUCAAGAUUCCUUCCGCCAGAUUCGUCACAGCUUGCAUGGCGCCGCCGCCGGAGUUGAAGCCCGCCAGCUUUGGGUUCAAGAAUAUGACGGAGAUAUUCACAGUUGAAGUCCAGAGAGCUGAGGUGAGGCCACUCAACGUGCCUCUUCUUGCCCCUUUCGCCAUUUCCUCAUCAAGGCUUGAUAAGGUGGAGAAUGUGGCCAUUAAGGUUGAGCUCAGCAAUGGGUGUGUUGGGUGGGGGGAGGCUCCUGUUUUCCCCUCCGUCACUGCCGAGGAUCAGCCAAGUGCUCUGGCUAUGGCGGCUGGAGCUUGUGAGUUCUUGAGAGAGAGUCCUGGGAAGACUAUGGAGGCCGUGUUGAGAGAUGUUCAUAGCAUUCUUCCUGGUCACCAAUUUGCUUCUGUCAGAGCAGGAGUGGAGAUGGCGCUGAUUGAUGCCCUCGCAAACAGCAUUGGAAUACCUCUUUGGAGACUAUUUGGUGGAACUUCCAACACAAUUACCACAGAUAUAACGAUUCCAAUAGUAUUGCCUGCUGAAGCAGCAGAACUAGCUCGGGAUUAUCGUAAACAAGGAUUCAAGACCCUAAAGCUUAAGGUGGGCAAGGAUUUGAACGAGGAUAUAGAAGUGAUACGAGCCAUACAUGCAGCCUAUCCAGAUUGUAUGUUUAUCUUAGAUGCUAAUGGAGGUUACUCCUCGAAAGAAGCUAUCCAAGUUCUUGAAAAACUGCACGAAAUGGGUGUGACUCCUAUCCUCUUUGAACAACCCGUUCGUAGAGAUGAUUGGGAAGGCCUUGGUCGUGUCAGUCGCUUUGCAAAACAGAAUUACGGGGUGCCUGUUGCUGCUGAUGAAAGCUGUCUGAGUUUGGCAGAUGUUAGGAAAAUAGCGGAAGAAAAUCUGGCUGAUGUAAUUAACGUUAAACUCGCUAAAGUUGGAGUAGUUGGGGCUCUUGAAAUUAUUGAGUUGGCUAGGAAUUUCGGGUUGAAAUUGAUGAUUAGUAGUAUGGUCGAAAGUAGGCUUGCCACGGGCUUUGCUGGUCACCUAGCUGCUGGUCUAGGGUGUUUCAAAUUCGUCAACUUAUACUCACCACUUUUGCUGGCGGAGGAUCCAGUAGUUGGAUGUUGUGAAGUUCAUUGGCCUGUUUACAAGUUCUCAAAUGCGAGAGGCCAUGGCAGCUUCCUUCACAUUGCAUGAUAGCUGGAGCAGUGGCGCUUGCUCGCUCACUCUCUUCUGGUCACCGGAACUAAUGGCGUUCAAUUUCCUCCUUAACAAUACUUUUAAGAUGUGAACUAGGGAGUAGGGACCUAUAUAUCUCCUCAUCUUGUAAAAUAUUUAAUCACUCUAGCUAUGAUAUGAGAAGCUAUAUAACUAGAUAUGAUUCUGCUUC